AAAUCAUACUUUUCUGGACCACUAUCACCUCACAUUUUCAUUUUUCUCCAACUUUCUUUUUUAUGUUAUUCGUUAUAUUAUCAACCUGUAUUUUAUUUUACCCUUACAUACUCUAGUAUUCAGAGCUAGGCCUAUAAUGAUUUUUUUCGCAAGCCUUAUUUGGAAAGAAUCAAUAAAGAUACAACCUCUUUCAUCGAAAAGACUCUCAGAAGGCUACAGAACAUGUAAGUUUUUUCUAGUACUGUACAGCUCCAUUGUUCCACUACGAAUUAGUGCAUGCCCAUGCUUUUUGUCACAGAACUAUCGUUUGCGACGUACAUCAUGAAUGUACACCGGGCACUCAUGAAAGUCCGUCCUACGUCAGUUUUUAAGUGUUUAGAUCACAUGAAAACAUAGGGUAUGCCGAUGUUAGCCGUUAAUCAAUUCACCAGUUACCUGAUCUCUUGCUAUUUUUGAUGCACAAUUCCGAGCAAGUUGAGAUAACUAGACUAGGCCUCCAGUGUACUUCUUAUGCAGAAUAUUUGCAAUAGAUUAAACUUGAUAAAAAAAGAUUUUAAAACCUUCUCCAAGGCUUUGCUAGCUUGAUCACUAUUUUGAUCUUUUCUAACUUUCAGUCGCCCUAAAGGUUUAUGCACGAAAAAAAGCCAACACAAGUUAUUUUUGUCCAAAAGACAAUGGAUUUACCUGACUUUAUCCAUUGCUAUUAUCUGAAUUAAUACUUGCACAGAAGUCAAAAAAGCUUUGUUGCACACAUGGCUACCUUUCCAAUGGCUACCAAAACGUAUUAGUUCUCAUCAACGAUUAGAUGUUCGCAAAACUUUAAAAAGAAUUUAUAUUCUAAAAUGUAUAUUUUUUGUCUCUCGUUUAGAGUAGAAUCUAACUCAACCAAAAAUAACAUAAUCUCUCAUCUUACUUUUCCUACACCUACAUAUGUAGAUAUGUACAGAGUUAAGUUGUUUACUAUUGAUUCUAUUUAGCUCUCGUGCAACAUGAUGAUAUCAAAAAAGAAAUUAUUAAACAAGACGGUUUACAAUUAUUAUUUAAAUGUACAACAUUAGAAGCAACAAAUAUCGACAGUAAAGAUAAAAAUGUAAUUAUCAGAAGAUCCUUGACUACUCUAUGGAAAAUGGUAUGUAAUAAAGAUAUUGCUAGUGUCGUUAAAAUUUUACACGAAGAAUUUAUUGAAAAGUUAAAAUUAAUGACAAAUCCAACAGCUGCUAAUAUUUUAUGGGAGCUAGAAGGUAAAGCUAAGAUUCUUGAUGAAAAGCACCAUCAACACUCUCAAAUAGUUCAAAACAAAACGACAAAAAAGUAUGAUUUAAUGAUUAGUUAUUCUCAUGCUGAUAAAAUUAUCUGCCAUAAAUUAUAUGACUAUUUAACUCAAGAUAAAUAUAAAGUAUGGAUCGAUAAAACACAGAUGGGUGGUCGCAUUGAUGAAGCAAUCGCUGAUAGUAUUGAAAAUUCUCAUAUUAUUCUUAUGUGUAUGUCUGAUACCUAUAAAGAUAGUGCAUGGUGUCAAUCAGAAGCUACAUAUGCAAGAGAAAUAGGUACAAUACGUUUACCAUUAAAAUUACAAUCAAAACUUCAACGUGAGGGUUGGCUAGGUUUGUGAUCAUUAAUUAAGAACGUCGGGUAAACAAUUAUAUUUUCUCACUCUCGCCCCCUGGUCCAUCUUCGUCCGGUUUUGGGUACUCUGUCGUGCUUCAUUGAGCAUCCGACCAAUAAUAGUUUUUAAUUCCCCGUAGUUUAUUUUUUUCGCUACUGGUGCCUUAAACCUGCAAUUAUCCUACUCAUUUGAUCAGCUACUGUUCUUUUGGUGUCAAGAUAGAGCAGUGUGACUCAGUUGACUAGUGGAUAGACAACGUACUUCAAAGAUACGGAGUUCGAAUCCCGCCAACGGCAGUCGCGUGAUAGUCUUGGAUAACCUAUCUAAUGCUCAUUGUCUUAGUAUCUCUGAGCCCAGAUGCGAUGGUGUAAUCCGAUUUCAGCGGGCAUUGGACUGGAGAGAUGAAAUUGAAGUUUAAAAAAAGUUUGCCGUAUGUGUGUUAGAGAGUGCAUAAUGAUUUAUCGAAAGGAAUGACUAUAUCUCAUACAUUGGGGUGUUACUUCUAGAAGAAUCAUGCUGAAAACUCUUGGUGAGUGGGCAAAGGUGAUAAAUGGAAAUCAUCGCUGACCGUUUUGAGAAAUAUGCGCAGAUUGAGGAACCGAAGUAAAUUCAUCCCCAUUGCGUUCUAUCGCCAUUUCACACAUCGCUCAUUUUUUUGCUCACCUUAUACAACAAUAGAGCAAAGAAAGAAGCGGUGAUGAGAUCAGAUCAGGAACCGUUUGUAACUGACAAAUGAUGAGCACCAAAAAAGGAUAGGUUAAACAAAAUCCGUUCAUGAAAUAUGCUCAGUUAUGUAGCAGUUACACAGAUUUACCAAUUCACUAGUGAAGAAAAGCAAUUAUCAUGUUGAAAACUACUAACGAGGGAACCCCCCCCGAAUGUACUCUCGUUUUUUAACGAAAUGUAGUGGGUUGUAGGUAAUGGAUCAUGCUGAUUUCGAAUAUGAUAUUAAUUUGGGUUCAUAGGCCUUCCCUAGCCGAUUUCUGGGAAACCAGUUCUCCAGAAACCUUGAAAAAUCCGCAAAGCUUUUUCUUAAUAAGCCACGAUUGUAGCCCGU